CCUCAGUCUCGAAAGGGGAGGCAAGGUAUUUAUAAUUACCAUGGAAAUCGGUCCAGAGAAUCGCUCGGCCCAGAGAAUCGCUUAAAGGUCAGAUUCUGCCAAGAAAUGAUUGCUGCAUUGGAUGCAAUCCGGCAGACUCUGGGGGCAUACUCCGACGGAGCUCUUAUUACGCGUGGGAAUAACACUAAGUUUUUCUGCAUGGGACUCGUUCUGGAGGAGGUCAGCCAGAAUUCAUUUGCAAACACAGACGGCUUUUGCCCUCUCUUGCACGCUAUUAUGAAUUUUCCGUUCCCGAUGAUAGCACUAGUUACGGGCCAUAUUUUCGGUGCCUGCUGUCCUUUAGCUCUUGCAAAUGACUACCGCAUCAUGAAUGCGGACCGCGGCUUUAUCUCCAUGCCUCCAGUUGACCUUGGGAUACAUUUCUCGGGCAUGAGUGUGCUUCCUAAAUUCAAACAAUGGCCACAAACUGUGCGAAAGAUGCUCCUGGAAGGGCACAAGUUUACCGGGAAAGAGGCACUGGAAGAUGGAGUUGUCGACUUUAUUGCAUCUCCCGAACAAUUGCUUGAUGUUGCGUUAGAACUCGCUAAUAAAUGGGCGCCCAAAGCCAGAGCUGGGGUAUACGGCCUUUUACGAUCUGAGUUGUGGGGGGAGAUGAACCAACGCAUGCAGCAAACAGUCAUAUUCAUAGUCGGUCAACUUUUCCGAUCUGGCAAGCCAAAAGUUUGA